GCGGCCGCCUCUGGCUAUAUUAGAAAGCUCUUUAUGUGUUAAAAAAUCGCAUUAUUAAAGUAGAAAUAGUACUUCCAUUGAUAUUAGUUUGCAACUAACUAAAACAAUGACCUGGGGAUUUGUCACUUGUGGCCCUAACGAGGCUCUCGUAGUGUCUGGAUGCUGUUACUCGAAGCCUCUGCUGGUGCCGGGGGGCCGCGCGUUCGUGUGGCCCUCCUUCCAGCGCGUGCAGCGGAUAUCGCUCAACACCAUGACGCUGCAGGUGGAGUCGCCCACCGUCUACACGAGCCAGGGCGUGCCGAUAUCUGUCACGGGAAUUGCUCAGGUUAAAAUACAAGGGCAGAACGCCGAGAUGCUGUUGUCAGCAUGCGAGCAGUUUCUGGGCAAGUCGGAGCAGGAGAUACAACAUAUAGCCCUCGUGACCCUGGAAGGUCACCAGCGUGCUAUUAUGGGCUCCAUGACAGUAGAGGAGAUCUAUAAGGACAGAAAAAUGUUCUCCAAAAAGGUUUUUGAAGUGGCUUCAAGUGAUUUAAUCAACAUGGGCAUCACAGUGGUUUCCUACACCCUUAAAGACAUAAGAGACGAAGAGGGCUACUUGAAAGCGCUGGGCAUGGCGCGAACGGCGGAGGUGAAGCGCGACGCGCGCAUCGGCGAGGCAGAGGCGCAGGCCGAGGCCAAGAUCAAGGAGGCCAUGGCCGAGGAGCAGCGCAUGGCCUCGCGCUUUUUAAAUGACACCGAAAUCGCAAAGGCGCAGCGUGACUUUGAACUCAAAAAGGCAGCUUACGACGUUGAAGUUCAAACUAAAAAGGCCGAGGCAGAAAUGGCCUACGAACUACAAGCAGCCAAAACGAAGCAGAGAAUCAAAGAGGAGCAAAUGCAGAUUGCGGUCGUGGAACGUACGCAAGAGAUCGCCGUUCAGAAGUGGGAGGUGCAGAGGCGCGAGAAAGAACUGGAGGCUACCGUCCGCAGGCCCGCCGAAGCGGAGAAGUUCAAGCUGGAGAAACUGGCGGAGGCGCACAGGCUGAAGACCGUGCUGGAGGCCGAGGCCGCUGCGGAGGCCGUUAAAGUUCGGGGAGAGGCUGAAGCAUACGCCAUCAAAGCGAAGGCGGCGGCGGACGCGGAGCAGAUGGCCAAGAAGGCCGAGGCCUGGAAGGAGUACGGAUCCGCCGCCAUGGUCGACAUGAUGCUGGAGACCUUGCCCAAGGUGGCAGCGGAGGUGGCGGCGCCACUGUCGCAGGCGCGGAAGGUGACCAUGGUGUCGUGCGGUGGCGGCGAGGUGGGCGCGGCCAAGCUCACAGGAGAGGUGCUCAGCAUCGUUCAGUGCAUCCCCGAGCUCGUUAAGGGCGUCACCGGCGUCGACAUCUCCAAGGCGGUCGCGGAGCCCCCGACGGUGCCCACGCCGACCCCGUCGCAGCGCGGCGACUCCGCGCGGAAGGCACGAUAACUGCCGCUCUCCACGCAACCUUUGUAUGCUCAUCGAGGGUGUGCGCGCUAUGUAAAGGCGCAGGGGUCACCGUCGCCGCACAGCAACAACAGCCAGAAGUAGUUUCGACAAUCUUCAAUGUUUUAUGUAUUCUAUUUGUUUUAUGAUUCUUACCUUGUAUUUUAUUACUAAUCAAGGAUCAGAGAAUUUACCUGUGUACCUAAGUGCCACCGUCUUGUUUUAUUAAUAUUUGAGUAUCUUAUCGGUUACCGUUUUUUUUUAACGAUAAAUGGCUAUUGGCUAUAUUAUUACAAUAGGCAAUGAGGGCACAUUGCUGACGUGCUCUAAAAAACAUAUGUAUUCUUCUAUUCUGGUAUACAAUGUUGUAUUGUAUUGUUAUCUAUCUCUAUGAUGACUGUCUCAUAAAACCUGUAAUAUAAAAUAUAGUUAAUUCAAAAAAUAGUAACUUUGAUCCCAAGUGAGAGACGUAGUUAUAAAUAUAUGUUUAUAUGGUCAGUACAGUAGGUAUAUAUAAAUGAUCGAUCUGAUAAUUGGGUACGUGUGUUCUGUGUCUGUGGUGUUCCUCGUGAUGUAGGGUGCGUGCGGCGUGAGGAGCGAGGCGCGCGUGAGCCGGGGCGUCGGGGCCCACCAGCUGUUUGUCUUAGCGUAACUUUAAAAGGUUUGACCAAUCGCCUAAAUUUUCCCAAAGUAGAAAAUUACAUGAUAAUGAUUGUUAUACAAAAAGAAAACGAAACCUAUAUUUUUUUAUUUAGCUAAAACUGUCGUUAAGGUAUAUCUAAAUAUUUCGUGUUCAACAAAGAAGAGUUUCUAAGUCCUAGCUGUAAUUUAGUACACUCGUAGACAUUGAUGUACUUUUUUAAUAUUAUCAAUAUUAUCUACACGGUAAUCGCGAAAGCAAACCUGCGUUCUGCUUGAAUUCAUGUGUGUAUUAUUUCUUGCAUCAUUGUAUUACCUGAUUCGGCCUCACGUAGUGUAUUAAAAUUGUAUAUUGUUAUAUAUAAGCAUCACUUUUGUCAACUUUAUUUUGCUGCAUUUUUGCGAGAAUUGUACUGUAAAAUUUUAAUCUGUGAUCGGGAACAACUUUUUAUUAUAUUUACUCUUAUAAAUUGAAAAUCACAUUUUGAGGUGCUGCAGUCCAAUAGCAUUUCAAAUUAGUAACUUUACUAAUCUUGUGAAAUUUCUGAUGACGGAUUUAAAUUUAUAGUUAACGAACCUGCAAUUAAGUAGUUGUGAAGACUGUUACUUAACCCUUACUGAGCAUGUGCGGCAUACGACCACUCGGGCGCUCUCGAGUCUCGAGUAACGAGCUUGGAAACCUGAAGGAUAAGGGAAACUAUACAUCUUCGUUGAAGCGCAAGUCUUGUAGCAUAAACCUUUUUUUUAAUACGGGGCUAUUCCCACUAGUUGCCACCAAGUUGUUACCAGUGGUAAGUACUGGGAUUUUUUUCCCACCUUUUACCAGUGGUAACUACUGGGAAAAAAUCCCAAUAGUUAUUAAGAUUGUUUUUUAGGUGGGAAUUUAUUUCUCAGCAGUUACCACUAAAAUUCUGUUAAGAGUUCAAUACUAAUAAAAAACAGUAUAAAUAUUAUUGUAUAAAUAUAGAGUACAGAGUACAUACUUUAAUAAAUAAUUAAAAGACGAUUAGUGUUUCAGUAAACUGCCUUAAAAUCGUUGGAGAAAGGAGAAAUUAACGUUUGGAUUAAAUUUAUCUUAUUAAUUGUAAUUUGAAUUAAUUAUACGAACGAACAAACAAACCUGUCAAAAACCGACUAUAUUUGAUUACUUUAAGGCAGUUUACUGGAACACUAAUCGACAUCAUUAUUUCUUAAAGUAGUCUAUAUUUAUACAUAUACUAUACUAUUUUUAUUAGUUUUGUAUUUUAACAAUAUUUUGGUUGUGAUUACUGGGAAAAAUCCCAGUAGUUACCACCAAACCGAGUUGGUGGAAACCACUGGUAACAACUUGGUGGUAACUAGUGGGAAUAGCCCAAAAUACGCGCUCCUCCAGACCAAGUAAAGUCUGACAAGAAAUAUAUGAUCAUGCGCCAUGUUGCGGAAUUUCAUUGGAACUAAUUUCUUACACUGGCAAUAAUUUUAAUGAUAGGUUGUCACUGUUGCCAGUGUCAUUGUGGCGGUUUACUUGAAUAAUGCUUAAGUGUUAAAUAUUAAAUAACAAAAAUGCCCAAAACUAUACAUAGUCAGGAGCGGAACAUUGUUAAUAAUGUAAAAGAAAUAAUUCUCGAAAAGAGCAUUUCGGGAAAUUAAACUAUUUCGCUACGAAACAUUUCCAAAUUAACAUCAGAGCUGACAGGUAAACAAAUCAAAACGUCACUAUAGUCUGGUUAAUACGACUUGGUUAUUGUAGUGUUAUGUUAUACAAGCGAGGAAACAGUAACAAAAAUGAGUUUGAAAAAUAUUUACUAUGGGCUUUGGAGACGAUCAAUCUUGUUAAUUGACAAUGUAGCAGAACCUAUGUAAGUUUACGGAAUAUAUACAUACCCAGUAACAUGACCAUCAUCGGCAUCAUCAUCAUCAUGGUGGCCUUUUGGUGAUCCAAUCUUGGAUGUAGGCCUCUUCCCAGAAUGGAGUAACAUGAUAGACGAAAUAUUUUUUCAACUAUAGAGCUGAGCUGAGCUGAUGGUGUGGCUAAUAGUAGUCACACCAUCUGGUAUGUUACGACUAAGUUAAAUACAUAUAUGUAAAUUUAUAUAAAUUUCUAGGUCAAUCGGAGGCAUCGAUUACGCGGAUUACAAGAGAAGGUUGUACCUCCGGAGGUUUUAUGCAAACCAAAAAUAAAAAAGAAGAUGCAAUUAGACGAUUUUGACCUAUGUGUGGUACGUAAGAAAAUACAUGAAUUUUAUACGGCAAAAAAGAAGUACCGACUAUAAAAAAAAAGUGUAGACACCAAAUAAAUGGGUUCUGAUUUUGAUCAAACGAGUUGCCAAUCCUCAUUGUUCAGACUAUACUGAACUGUUGCCAUAUAAAUGAGAAUAAUAGCGCCCUCUUGACAAUGAUCAUAUAUUCCUGGUCAGGCUUCACCGACUUUUGUUGUGCUUGUGUGCGUUGUGUCUAUAAGAUAUUUUAGAUGUGAGCGUAGGUGGUCUGGAGGGACGCAUAUUUGUAUGUGGAUUAUUAUUAUCAUUACACUAAUCUACGUAUAGAAGAGAUCUGAGUAAUACUUUUGAAAUCGUGAUCUUUUUAGGUAUUAAAAUGUCGGCGGUACUUGAUAGCGGUACCAUCAGGCUACGUACCGUACGUAGGUUCACGUGGUAACUUUAUAUAGUAUAGCGGUACCAUCAGGCUACGUACCGUACGUAGGUUCACGUGGUAACUUUAUAUAGUUAUUUGUAAAAUAUUUUCUUUAUGAAGAUUUUAUUUACCUCGAAGCCGGUUUUCGAACUUUUUUUGAUGCCGGUGCCAUAUUUUUCGUAUUGUUUUUAAUAUUAAAAAUGUUUUAAACUUAAUUAAUUAGAUUUUAAGCGUGACAUGAUUCUAAAUAUAUUAAAUGUGGGAUGACAUUGAUGUUGCAUUAUGAGUUCAUGAGUUCGAAAUCGUUUGAAACCAAAGUACCUACCUACGGCACAAAACUUUGCAUUUAUAUUUUUACUUCUAAGAUAAGAUAAAAGAUAAAAACCAAUUUAUUCAAGUAGGAUCUGUUGGAUCGCUUUUGCAUCGUCAAAAAUCUACAUUUAAUCUUUAAUAAAUGUUGUAACAUUUUAUUAGGUUCUUAACUAUUACCUGUUAAAUGUAAAGCAGACAUCACACUGAUAGGUUAUAUUUAAAAAAAUACAUUUUCACAUUGACAUAUACUCGCAUCUAAGGACGGGCCUUACGGGCACUAAUAAUGGUGCUAGUCCAGCGGUGUCACUCACAAAUUUGAGCCAAUCAUGCAGUCUAUUCUAACGCAGCUAGUUGCGACCAAUAGCGCACGUAACACCACUAUACUGGCCCCAUUCUUAUUGCCCGUAAGGCCCGUCCUUAGACAUAUUUCAUAAAACAAUUUGAUUUGUUAGUUGCACAUGUCAAUGCAUUUUCAUUUCAUGGUAUUAAAUUUUCGCCUAAGUCUAAUAUUUCAAGUAUAAUAUUUGGUUAUAGGGACAUAUGGAGGUAGCGGUAGAUACAUUUCAUACAUUUUCGUCACUCAGACGGAUACAUUAAUUAAUUAAUACAUUUGUUGUAUGUUUGCAAUACCUCACUACGAUGUUCUUUGUUUCAGUGUGAUGUAAUCAAAUAAUGUAUACUUAAAAAGAAAUAUUAAAAAAUAUUUCUUAAGUAUAUGCUGUGAAGGCACUUUGAGUGGCAAUGGCACAAUAGAGAUCGAGUUAUGUUUGGUGUGGAUAAAAAAAAAACUAUGUGUAAAGUGGUUUUUAUUCGUGUAUAUUCAUUAAACAUUGCAA